AUGGACCUCGCGGAGACGCAACGUCUCCUAUCCGAGUACCUACACGAACUCGCGAACCUUUUCCACCGAGUACCAGGCUCCGCCAUUUUCCUGCGAUAUGUAAAAUCGAGUUAUCAAGAUGACCCAAUUCGAUCCGCAGUAGAACUUUUCCUCUUUCUCUUUGCUGUUCGGUACCUUCUCGCGCCCAAAUACUCCACCAAACCUGGUGUGGUGCCCUUGACCGAGGAUGAGAUUGAUGAUUUGGUCGAUGAGUGGACUCCUGAGCCACUUGUCGGGGAGCCGACAGCAUUGGAGGAGAUGGAAAUUGAUAGGCGCACCGUGAUUGUGGGACCUGUCGGUCCCAAGUCGAAACUCACCAGCGGUCGUACCGUCACGAACCUCAGCUCCUUCAAUUACUACAACUUCAACACAAAUGAGCAGCUCAAGGAACAGGCCAUUCAGACCUUGCGGAACUAUGGUGUUGGCCCCUGUGGUCCUCGUGGAUUCUACGGUACCCAGGAUGUCCACCUGAAGACCGAGGCCGAUAUCGCGUCGUACCUGGGCACCGCAGCUUGCAUCAUGUAUUCCCAGGCGUUCUCUACUAUUUCCAGUGUCAUCCCUGCGUUCUCGAAGCGUGGUGAUAUCAUCGUUGCGGACAAGGGUGUUAGCUUUGCGAUUCGGAAGGGUAUUCAGAUUUCGCGCAGUAUCGUUCGGUGGUACGAGCACAAUGAUAUGGAGGAUCUUGAACGUGUCCUCGCCAAGGUCACCAAAGAGCAGGCUCGCAAGCCAUUGACCCGACGAUUUAUUAUUACAGAGGGAUUGUUUGAGUCGUACGGUGACAUGGUGAAUCUGCCGAAGAUUAUAGAGUUGAGACUCAAGUACAAGUUCCGUCUCAUUCUUGACGAGACCUGGUCUUUCGGAGUUUUGGGCCGUACUGGUCGUGGUGUUACUGAGCACCAGAAUGUUGACGCAGCGGAGGUUGACAUGAUUGUCGGCUCAUUAGCUGGCUGUCUUGUUGGAGGUGGUGGUUUCUGUGCUGGAUCCGAGGAGAUUGUUCAUCACCAACGGAUCUCUGCCUCAGCCUACACCUUCUCCGCAGCCCUCCCGGCUCUUCUGUCAACUACUGCUAGUGCCACUAUCAAUCUCCUCCAGAACACCCCCGAACUGGUAUCUCAGCUUCGCGAUCACACGAAGGCCAUGCGUGCUCAACUUGAUCCCCGCAGUGACUGGGUCUACUGCUCAAGCGCACCCGAGAAUCCUGUCCUCAUUCUGGUGAUCAAGCCCGAGGUUGUUACUUCCAAGAAGUUGACAUAUAACGACCAGCAAUUUCUGCUCCAGGAUAUCGUUGAUGAGUGCCUUGCCAACAGUGUUCUUAUUUCCCGUCUCAAGACCCUCGAGGACGACUUUGAGCCCAGACAAGUUGUCCCCGCCGGACUGAAGGUGUGCGUGACAACCGGCCUCACAAAGAAAGAGAUCGAAAAGGCUGGCACAAUAAUUCGACACGCCAUUACUAAGGUGAUGAGCAAGAAGAAGUAA